AUGACAACAUUAUCACAGCAUACUAGAUUAAUAAAUACAUCUGAUAAUAAAGAUAAUGUAAUUCUCAUCUGGUUUGAUCCCGAUAAUGAAUUAUCUAUUGAUAGUGAACAUUUAAAGAUCCAAUUAAAUCAAUUAAACCAUAGAAUUAUUAUUCCUACUGAAUUUGAAUCAUGUAUUAGUUAUAUUCAAUCAAAAGAAAGAGAAAAAAUUUUUCUCAUUACAUCUAUAUCAUAUGUUUCUCAAAUAUUACCAUAUAUUGAUGUUCUUCAUCAAAUUUAUUGUAUUUUUAUACUUUGUUCAAAAACUGAUCAACAUGAAUAUUCAUUUAUUCAACAUACAAAAAUAAUUGGUGUUUAUAAACAAUUUGAUUUUUUAUAUUCAAUAAUUCAAGAACAAAUUGAUAUUUUUAAUAAUCAAUUUGAUUUAUGGAGUUUCUUUGAUCAAGAUGAAUAUAAAAAUAAAGAUUUAACAAAACAAUCAAGCAAUUUUCUUUGGCUUCAACUUUUACAUAAUAUUAUUUUAUAUUUACCAUAUAAUGAUCAAGCUAAAAAACAAAUGUUUAAUGCAUGUCGUUAUUAUUAUCAAGAUAAUAAAGAAGAACUUAAACUUAUUGAUGAAUUUGAAGCAAAAUAUCAUUCAUAUGAUGCUAUUGAUUGGUAUUUAAAUAAUUCAUUUCUUCGAAAAAUAAUUAAUCAUGCUUUAAUUAUGGAAGAUACAAAUCAACUUUAUACAUUAAGCUAUUUUUUAAAUGAUUUAAUUCAAAAUUUUAAUCAACAAAUUGUUCAAAUUAAUGAAAAAAAAUUAAUUGCCUAUGGAUUAAUAGAAUUAUCAAAUAUUGAAUUUGAAAAAUUAAAAAAAAAUCAUAAUAAACUUAUUUCAAUAAAAACAUUUUUAAUAUGUCAUCGUUCACGUUCAUUAGUAUUGGCAUUAUCUACACAAUUACCAAAACGAAAUAAUUCUAUUCCUGUUCUUUUUCAGAUUACUUACGAUAUACAAGAUAUUAAUAAUAAUAUAAUAUUAUAUCAACAAGAAGUUUUAUUUCAUUUUAAUACAACAUUUCAUUUAGAAAAUAUUCAACAUGAUAAACAUAUAUGUUGUAUAAAUAUGAAUGUUGUCAAUGAUGGACAACAAAUUCUUGAAAAAUAUAUAGAUGAUAUACAUCGUCAGAUAGAUAAUUUAAAUAUUUUAAUUAUUUUUGGUAAACUUAUAUGUGAUAUGAGUCAAUGGAAUCAAUCACAAAAAUAUUUUGAACAUUUAUUGAAUGAUAAUAUAAAUAAAAAUGAUUUACCAUGGAUAGAACAUAGUCUUGGUCAAAUAAAUCGUUGGAAAGGUAAUUGGCUUGAAGCAAAAGAAUAUUAUAAACAUGCCUAUGAUCGAAUGAUGAAAGAUGAAGUGAAUUGUGAAAAAGAUUGUGCUAUUAUUCUGUGUGAUAUUGGUGAAAUAUUACAUUUACAAGGAAAAUAUGAAGAAGCAUAUGAAUAUCAUGAAAAAGCAUUAACAAUUCGAAAGAAAUAUUAUCCAUCUUUUGAUCAUCCACAUAUUGCUACUAGUUUAGAAAAUAUUGGUUUAAUUUAUUAUCAACAAUUAAAAUAUAAUGAAGCACUUGUUCAUCUUCAACAAUCAUUAACAAUUCGAGAAAAAUAUUUUAAUUAUUUUCAUGUUGAUAUUGCAACAAAUUUAAGAAAUAUUGGUUAUAUUUUUAUUGAUCAAGGAAAAUAUGAUGAAGCACUUGAAUAUCAUCAACGAGCGCGAUUAAUCUAUGAAAAAUCUUAUUCAUCUGAUCAUGUAUUUAUAGCAUUAACUUAUAAUAGUAUAGGUAAUAUUUUAUAUUUAAAAAAGAAACAUAAUGAUGCACUUGAUAUGGUUCAACAUGCAUUAAUAAUACAAAAAAAAUAUUAUCCAUUUGGUCAUAUCGAUAUUGGUACAACAUUAAGUAAUAUGGGUAAUAUUAAAUAUGGACAAGGCAAUUAUGAUUUAGCUUUAGAUUUAUAUCAACAAGUAUUAAUGAUACAAAAAAAAUAUCAUUUAUCUAAUCAUUUAGAUAAUGUUUGUAUUUUAAAUAAUAUUGGUUAUAUACUUGCAAGAGGUAAAAGAUCAUAUGAUGAAGCACUUCAUUAUCAUCAACAAGCAUUUCUAAUGUUAAAAACAUAUUAUCCAUCUUAUUAUGGUCAUAUAGCAAUUAAUCUGAAUUAUAUUGGUGAUAAUUUAAGUAAACAACGAAAAUUUCAUGAAGCUAUUGAUUAUUAUAGACAAGCAUUAACAAUACAAAAAAAUUAUUAUUCUUCGGAUAAUGUUAAUAUUGCACAUACACUUAGUAAUAUUGGUAAUAUAUUAAGUGAUCAAAAGAAAAAUGAAGAAGCACUGGAUUAUCAUCAACGUGCAUUGAAAAUUUAUGAAACAUAUCAUUCAUCUGAUCAUAUUAAUUAUGCAACUAGUCUUAAUGAUAUUGGAAAAAUUUUAUAUCGUUUAGGAAAAUAUGAUGAUGCAUUUAAACAUCAUGAAAAAGCAUUGAUUAUACAAAAAAAAUAUUAUGAUUCUGAAAAUGCACAUAUGGCACUCAGUCUUAAUUAUAUGGGUAAUGUUCGAAGUAGUGAAGGAAAAUAUGAUGAAGCAAUUGAUUUAUAUAAACAAGCCUUACAAAUUUAUGAAACAAGUUCAUCAUUUCGUUAUGCUGAUAUAGCUACAAUUCUUAGUAAUAUAGGAACUAGUUUAAAUCAUCAAGAAAAAUAUGAUGAAGCAUUUGAUUAUGAACAACAAGCAUUAAAUAUUCGACAAAGUCAUUAUCCAUCUGCAUAUAUGAAUAUUGCUGAUAGUUUUCAUUAUAUGGGUAAUAUAAGAAAUAGCCAAGGAAAAUAUAAUGAAGCUAUUGAUUAUUAUCAACAACAAUUAAAAAUUUAUGAAAAAUAUUAUCCAACAAGUCAUUCCAAUAUAGCGAGUAUUUUAAGUUUUAUUGGUAGUAGUUUAAGUCGGCAAGGUAAAUAUGAUGAAUCAUUUGAAUGUUAUAAACGAGCAUUAAAUAUUUAUGAAGAAAAUUUUUCAACGAAUUAUAAUCAAAUCGCUCGUUAUUUACAAUGGAUUGGUUUUGUUUGUUAUGUUAAAUUAGAUCUAGAUUGUGCACUUAUUUAUUAUGAAAAAUGUUUAAGAAUUCGUGAAAUUAAUUUUAAUUGGGAUCAUUCAUCAAUUGUUGAUACAAUUUCUUGUUUAAUUGAAGUACAACGAGCACGAAAUGAACAUGAAAUUUGUCUAGCAUAUGAAUUAAAAUGUUUUUUAAUACGUGAAAAAUCUCUUCCAAUUAAUCAUCAAGAUAUUGGCAAAAGUUUAUUUAAUAUUGGUCAUUGUUAUGAAUAUCUUAAAAAAUUUCAAUUAGCACUUGAAUAUUAUAAACGAGCAUUAGUUAUUUAUGAACAAUGUACAUCUUUUUCACGUGAAGAUCGACAGAAAUUAGAUGCAAAUAUACAACGAAUUUCGGAGGAACAAAAUUUAUAA